GAACGAGCGCAGCGCGCGCGAGCCCGGGCGCGGGACGACUCCUCGGGAUCUGGCUGCCGGGCGGGCUCGGAUCUCUUUCUUCCCCUCCCUCUCUCUCUCUGCCCCCUGUGUUUUGCUCUCCAUUUGCAUCUUCGCCAUCUCCGGACCCCAGCCUCUCCCGCACAGCUGCAAGUCCUCCCGUCUCUAAAUGGAAUUAGUGGAGCGCGGAGCCUCUGCUGUAAGGAACAGACAUGAUCCAUGGACGCAGUUUGUUUCCCAUUGUAGCAAGUUUAAUCAUCAUCCAUUUGUCUGGGGCAACCAAGAAAGGAACAGAAAAGCAAACUACUUCAGAAACACAGAAGUCAGUACAGUGUGGAACUUGGACAAAACAUGCAGAGGGAGGUAUCUUUACCUCCCCCAACUAUCCCAGCAAGUAUCCCCCGGACCGAGAGUGCAUCUACAUCAUAGAAGCUGCUCCGAGACAGUGCAUUGAACUUUACUUUGAUGAGAAGUACUCUAUCGAACCAUCUUGGGAGUGCAAAUUUGAUCAUAUUGAAGUUCGAGAUGGACCCUUUGGCUUUUCUCCAAUAAUUGGACGUUUCUGUGGACAACAAAAUCCACCUGUCAUAAAAUCCAGUGGAAGAUUUUUAUGGAUUAAAUUUUUUGCUGAUGGCGAGCUGGAAUCUAUGGGAUUUUCAGCUCGAUACAAUUUCACACCUGAUCCUGACUUUAAGGACCUUGGGGUUUUGAAACCAUUGCCAGCCUGUGAGUUUGAGAUGGGCGGCCCUGAAGGAAUUGUGGAGUCCAUGCAAAUUCUGAAGGAGGGCAAAGCUUCUGCCGGUGAGGCUGUGGACUGCAAGUGGUACAUCCGGGCACCUCCACGAUCCAAGAUUUACUUGCGGUUCUUGGACUACGAGAUGCAGAAUUCUAACGAAUGCAAGAGGAACUUUGUGGCCGUGUACGAUGGGAGCAGUUCUGUGGAGGACCUGAAAGCCAAGUUCUGCAGCACCGUGGCCAACGACGUGAUGCUUCGCACAGGGCUUGGAGUGAUCCGCAUGUGGGCAGAUGAGGGCAGUCGAAACAGCCGAUUCCAGAUGCUCUUCACAUCCUUUCAAGAACCUCCUUGUGAAGGCAAUACGUUCUUCUGCCACAGUAACAUGUGCAUUAACAACACCUUGGUCUGCAAUGGACUCCAGAACUGUGUGUACCCGUGGGAUGAAAAUCACUGUAAAGAGAAGAGGAAAACCAGCCUCCUGGAUCAGCUGACCAACACCAGCGGGACUGUGAUAGGUGUGACUUCCUGCAUUGUGAUCAUCCUCAUCAUCAUCUCGGUGAUUGUACAGAUCAAACAGCCGCGUAAAAAGUAUGUGCAAAGGAAGUCAGACUUCGACCAGACCGUCUUCCAGGAGGUGUUUGAGCCCCCGCAUUAUGAGUUAUGCACUCUGAGAGGGACAGGAGCUACCGCUGACUUUGCUGACGUGGCAGAAGACUUUGAUAACUACCAUAAGCUGCGGAGGUCAUCUUCCAAAUGCAUUCACGACCAUCACUGUGGAUCACAACUGUCCAGCACUAAAGGCAGCCGCAGUAACCUCAGCACAAGAGAUGCUUCCGUCCUGACAGAAAUGCCGCCACAGCCCGUCAAACCCCUCAUCCCCCCCAUGAGCAGAAGAAACAUCCUUGUCAUGAAACACAACUACUCGCAAGAUGCUGCAGAUGCCUGUGACAUCGAUGAGAUCGAGGAGGUGCCCACCACGAGUCAUAGGCUGUCCCGGCACGACAAAGCCGUCCAGCGGUUCUGCCUCAUUGGGUCUCUAAGCAAACAUGAAUCUGAAUACAACACAACUAGGGUCUAAAAAGAAAAUUCAAGAGAAGAACUAUUUAUACAAACAUGGGGACUGUGAAAAGAAAAUUCUAUAGUGAAUUGUGAAAAGUGGACAUAUUUCUAAAUUCAUUCCACUGCCUUUAUCCAAACUUAAGAAUUACAGACAUUUGUUAUUCCUUCGGCAAGACAUCCCCGCUGCACAGUGACAUGUUCAUUUCGUAAUUUGGUUGCUGGCCACCAAGUGCUCCUUAGUUUUUAAAUACAUUUUGAGAUUUACUGGAAACUUGAAGAAGAAAUUAGUUCCUGAUUAAGACUAUCCCAACUUUAUUUUUACUGUCGGUUUCACUUUUGUUUUUAUGUUGUUCCAUGUCUUUGUUAUAUAAUUGUACAUUGUGUGAAAUGUGAAAAAAAAACACAUAACUUUGGAUGAACCUGUGUUGUAUGUACAUUGUUUUCAUUAUAUAGACUGCUUGAGAAUAGUGCGUUCCUGAGUGAUUUUGAACAUACUACAGUGAAAAGUGAAAAUGUGGACCAUGGAAACACCAGCUAGAGGUUUUAUGGACUAUACACAUCUAUUGUUAUAUUAUGAUUAAAUGCAGCAAAAAGUAAUGAGUAAACUUACUAGAUUGCAAUAAGAAAAAAAAUCUCAUUUUUUGGUCUUUCCUAUAUUCUCCAAAUUUCCUUUUUGUUUUCUAUCAAGGAAGAUACCGAAUUUCAGAAGUAGUUUUUGAAAUCAGGUAUUUGCCAUUCAUACCCUACUAUAGAAAUGUUUUUGAUUUUAAGCACUUAGCAAUAUGACUGAAUUGACAGUUUGAGAAAAUACCCUGCAUGUCCGUACUGGAUAUUUGAGUUGGGAAAAUAUCCUUUUUAUUAGACACAUUGUAAAAAGCAUGCAUUCUCAAAUACUGCUGUUACUCUUCUGUUUCUUUGUGUCUUAUGCUUGCUACUUGUAACUUUUUAUAUAAAGAUAUAUAAAAUGUAUAAUAUUUCCUAACUUGAGUUAAGAGAAAUGUUUUCUUCUACUAGAGUGGUACAAAACUGACUUACUCAAGUGCACACUUUCUAUCCAUGAUUUCCACAGUUUAGGGAAUACAGUGUCCUCUAGUAGUGAGGUUUACUUCCCAAAAUACUUGAUUUCUAAAAUUUUAUGGAAUAUUUCCUCCUUUUAGAUUAUUAAAGUCUUUUAUAAAUUCUUUAAAAUAACAAAUCCUUUUAUGGCCUAAAUUAUACCAUUAUGAAUUAUUCUGAUACUCAGACAGACUAUGAUACCUGAAAGCUUAGUGAUGAUGAUGUGUUUCAUACAAAUAUAAUAAAAUCGUAUUACAGUAAACUGCUGUUGAAUUGUAUACACAUACCCCAUAAAGGUUGAUUUAGUGAGUGGAUAUUUUUUAAAUCAUUUAAUGUGUAUUCUUGCACAUAAAUUUUAGGUGCCAGAACUACUUUAAAUCUGCUUACCAGCAUUGUCAAAAAUAUUGAAUUACAUAGCUUCAAACAGUUCUGUCCUCCAAGUAGCAAAGCAGUAUCUUCUACCACGAUUUGGACCUUGCAACUCAAGCCAACUUUGCAAACCAAAUUACUGUCAUAUAUUUCCAUCAGCAAUUCAGUUUCAUAUGUGUUUUAAAAAUGGAAAAUAGAAAGUAUAAUAAUUUUAUAAUAGAUAAGUCAAAGAGUUAUCAUAGCACUUCUGAAUACUGUAUACUUUAAAAUUUCACCUAUAAAAAUCAUUUCCAUGAAUUUGAUUAAUUGGUGAAUAGAAAAAAAUGUAUGAAUGAUGACAAAUAAAGAUUAUUUUUCAUUAUUAUGCUACUGUACUUGGGAUAAAAUUUAGCCUUUUUAAUUUGGCUUGGCUUAUUUACUUAUUAGUUGCUUACUUUUAUACUAUUUGGCUCGAAAUCCGUACCCUGAAGAUUAUUUUUGGAAGUGAUUAGCCAUAUAACAUGUUGCUUUCUCUCUUUAGAAAUCUUCAUAGGAUCCCUUUCACUUUUAACUAAUAAUCUCAAGCAGUAUGAAAGACACGUGCAACUUUUUAUUUAUCAGAGCCGUUAAGACAGGAAAAUCAGCUAAGCAAUGAUUUAGCAUUCAUGUGUCCUGUAGUGGGCCACAAGACAUCUAUCUUCACCACCUCACUCAGUGAGCUGAUGGCAUCCCUGAUGCCAUUGAUCUGAUGACCCUCUGCUUUACAGAUAUUUGCACCAGAAAUCCACUAAUGCAAACUUUUUUGAGAAACACAAAAUGAAAUUAAGUGUGUGACAAGGAUGGAAAGCCUAUAUAUACAUAUAUAUGUAAUAUAUAUAAUAUAAUAAUUAAAAUGUGGCUCUAAACAAAUUUGGAGAGCAAUGUCUUUGAAAUUUUAAAGGAAAAUAAUCCACAUUAUGGAUGUAUUACUUUUUCUGCUUCACAUUAUUUUUUGCUACAAGAUAUAUAUUACACAACAACUUCAUAGGAAAGCAAAAACCAUUUCACACAAUGAUUUCUGAAACUAUUUAGCAACAUAUUUUCAGUGAUUCACUGGUGAGGAAGAAAAUGAUGAUGGGGAGGCAGCAUCUCAGAAGCCUCCUGUGGUCCAUGGAAGUGACCUCUAGGCACGAGAUUGUGGGCUACUGGACUCCAGCAGAGUUGAGAUAUAUUCUUUGGAGGCCCCUGGAGGUGCCUGUACGAAAGCCAGAAUUGAAAGCUAUCGAGAUAUGAAAACUCUAUUUAGUGUCCAGGUCCAUCAGACCUUGUGCCCUGAAUACCAACAUUUGACCCACAGUCAGAAAGAAAUGACACAUGUAGGUAAAGAAUGAUAUACUGCAAAAUGUUCAAGUUAUUUUUAAAAUUACUUAAUUUUUCAUUAAAGUGAAUUCAAAAUAGUACAAAUACAAGUGCUUUAUUAGUUCAAUAAGAUAUUUAUAAUAGUUUUUUAUCCCACUCAAUUUGAUAGAUAUUUUUUCCAUUUUACUUCUCUAUGUUUGAGUUCACUUUUCAGAAACUUGGUGAUGUAUCUAAGUAUUAACAACUCCUAGAAAACCCUGAACUAAGCUUCAUGCUUCUGCCAGGUCUAUUUACUUUCCUAAUACAGGGUUGGUGUGCUGGUUUGGAAAUAUGGCUUUUUAUAUCUGUUUUCAUACUCACACCAAUCUAUGCAUCACAUUGACAAACAGAUUUAUAUGAUAUAUAUUUUCCAUAAUUAACUUUGAAUUCUUUUGAUAAUUAAAAUGUGGCUCUAGACAAAUGUGGAGAGCAAUGUCUUUGAAAUUUUAAAGGAAAAUAAUCCACAUUAUGGAUGUAUUACUUUUUCUGCUUCACAUUAUUUUUUGUUCCAAAAAACUUUCAGAUAACCUAACUGACUCUUUGGCUGUGAUUAUCAAUCAUUAAUAAAGUUAGGUCUUUGACAUUACCUGGAUACUCACUAGAGCCACCAUAUCAGCUUGUUCUGUUUUUCCUUUAGGAAUUUGUGUUCCUCAAAUUUUAUGGCUUCUAAAAAACCCCAUGAAUAUGUUUGCUUCAACCUCAAAAUACCAUAGUAAAUGGCAAAAUAUGAUCCUGAUUUCUAUUAUCUUUAUUAAAGGCAAACAAUUUAUUGAAGAUUUGGCAGUAAAAGAAAAAAAAUAAUAACUUAUCAUGAAGUUUUCAUGAGUAUUUCAGUUAUAAGAAUGAGUCACGUCAGAUUCCAACUCUAGAGAGAAGCUAAAUCAAUCAAAGAAACUUAACAUUCCCUGAAUCAUGAACAGUUAAAAUUCAAACACUGAGUUUGGGUUUGUCUAACGGCAUGUCCUGAAGUGAGCUGGUUUCUCUGCCGCAUCUGGCAUUCCUAUACUUUGUAGUCUAACACAAAGAACCUGGCCAAGAAGUUGUUAAUUAAGUAAAAGAAAUUUUAAAAACUUAAUUCUAGUUUAUUACAUAUUUAAGUAUUAUGCCCCAUCCAUCUCUUAAGGUUUAAAUAAAGUAGUGAAACAAGACUCUAUUGUAUCAGUAGCUAGAGAUGUACCCCUGUUCAAUAAAUGUGAGGAUAUGUGUGAAUUUAGAAUUACCUCAAUUCAUUUAUUAAUAAAUUUGUUUAAAUUGAACACAAUUUCUUUAUCUAAAUUGUCAUUCAAAUAAAUCAGUUAAUAAAAAUAACUGGUAUAGAUGACAGAUGUCAGACACACCCUAGACCCACCAGUUCCGUAUCUCCUAGUAUAGAAGCCCUUGGAUUCUUCAGAGGAAGGGCAAGCAGACCCAACUUGCUCCAUACUCUGUCAUUUUCUUGGGUUCCUUCCAGAAGGUCCUCGUUUCUGAAGCAGUAAGUUGUUCACAGCUGAUCUGCUCCUUCUUUUCCCUAAUAAUAGUGUGGUGCAUGUGCCCUUUGCACCCGCCUUCCACCGUCUCUCCACAUGUGGAGGCUCCUUAAUGGUGGUUUAUUCUUUGAAAUAUUUUUGUACCCUCUCUUCAUAGUCACAUAUAACUGACACAAUAUUUAACAGUGAACAAAAACAUAAUGUACAAAUUACUUAAAAUAUUUCUUUAUAAAAUUUGUACUCUAUUUUCUCUCCCAUGAGCUAAGCUAGCUCUCAGUAUAGCAGACUUUUCUGAGCCUGUACAAUCUAUGUACUGAACUUCAAGUCUUUUAGGAAUGACAGUAAAGAAGGCAAUCUAGUAGGGAACACAAUCAUUGAGUUUUUUAGGUGUGACUCUUAGUAGAGCUGCAUAAGGAUAGAUAAGUCUGAAAUCAUUUGCCAUGGUGAUCGUCUGGAAAAGCAGUAUAUGCAAUACUGCAUGCCAACUUUAUGAUCUCCCAUGUAAGAUAAAACUUACUAAAUUGUCAAGAAUAUGCAACAUGGAUGGAGUACAUAAUCGAGAAGUUAGAGAUUUAGGGAUAAAUUAUCUGAAGAGGACCAAGAGAAGCAUUGUGAAUAGUUGACCUUCCCUGCAGGGUUUGAAGGAUGGGCAUCAUUGUCAAAUAACAAUUAAUGAAGAAAUGUCCACCUGGAGUAAUUAGAGCAGGUAUAGUCUUCAGAGUUCCUCUGAGUUGGCUGAACCAAGGAAGUAGACAGGAGGAGAAGUGGAACUACAGAAGAGUUGGAGUUUAUAUUAUGAUCACUGAGUGCAUGGAAUGCUAUCCAAAGAGUUUACGUGUUUUCAAAGGUGGAUAUUUUUAUUUUCUUAGCAAAGUGUAGUUUAAAAAGAAUACUUGUAGUAGAAUCCUCUAAUAGAUGUGUGUAUUCUAAAUUGAAUGAUAGUGGAAUGGAGAAAAAUAAAAGUAAUACAAAGACAAGCAUUAGGAAGAAUAACUGGUGGACUGUUAGAUGCCUAGGAAUAUGUCUUGUUUUUUAAUCCAUUUUCUACUAUAGUUUAUUGACUAACAAACAUUGAGCACUACAUUCAAAACUCAUUGUGAGUGUUUUACAUGUAAUCUUUUCCUUGGUCAUCCUAGCUACCUAUGAAUAAUAACAUUUAUUGAUGUUGUUAUUUAUUGUGCAGACGAGGAAACCAGAGAGGACUUUAGUAACUUCUAAAAUCACACAAAAGGGAGCAGUGGGUUGAACUUUGAAACCAAGUUGACUAGCUGCAGAAUCAGCCAGAGGUCUUUACCAAUGUGCAGUAUAACCCCAUCAGUAUUAAACACAAAACAUCUGACUAAAAUAAAUUGAUACCUAGGAACUGUAAUCCCAUAGUUUUGUGUUUCCUCAUCUGUAAAAAUGUGUAUGAUGACACCUCCUCUCCAUCUUUCAGUGUGUGAACACCAAAUGACCAUGCACUGGAAGAUAUUUUUAUAUCAUAUAUUGCAUUAUAUAAAAAUAAACAAUUUACCUUAAAUCAUGUGCAAACUUCACUUGAUAAUUGGCAUGGAGUAAAUGUAUCAUUUGUAAAGAGCAGCAAUGAAGAAUAACUUCCGACUUCUACUGUAUGCAAUGUAUGAUUUUCACAGCUCAAUGAUUCCUUCCUUGCUGGAAUGCCAUCUCCUCCCAUCUCCUGAACUACAGCUCAUCCUCAGUGGACAGCACUGAAUGCCAGGACUGAGAUGUACCCCUUCUAGAAGCUCAAUCAACACAGAAAUGGGAACGCUGGAAAGGAAACCCUUUGAAUCACAGUUGUUUGACAUCAAUUCACAUAAUAGCUUACUCGUAUGUAAGAAAGCAAACAGAUAACCCUGUCAGUAAGAGCUAAUUCACAGCUAUAAGUAUGAGAUAAAAAUGUGGUGUAGUGCAGUGAAAAUAGACUUCCAGUGGGUCCAACUCCCAAAGUUUACUUUCACUUCCUACUUCAUGUGUGCUCCUGAGAAAGUUGUUUGACCCCUCUUUGACCUUCACCUGUAAAAUGGAGAAGGCCACACCUAGUGAAAAAGGUUGCUACAGAAACUGGAGAUGCUGUGCAUAAGCAACCUGCAAGCAGUGACUGCAAUGGGACCGUAGUAUUCACAUUCCAGUGUUACUAAUUUUACUCCAAUGUGUUAAAUAAAAAUGAUUCUUAAUUA